GCUGCCCACCUGGUGAGCUGGACAAGGAGAGCUGCAUCAGGAUCAUGGGUGAGAGCUGCAGCGCCCGCGUCCUCCAGUGCAGCCUGCUUAACACAAUGCAGAACCUGGAACCUGCUACGCAGACCCAUGCACAGGCAGCAGUGUGUGGUCAGAGGUCGUCCACUGUGCAAAACAUCACGCAGCCCCGCUCCAGGAUUGUGGGCGGCUCCCCUGCUCCUCCAGGCAGCUGGCCCUGGCUGGUCAACCUGCAGCUAGAUGGUGGCCUGAUGUGCGGAGGGGUCCUGGUGGACAGCUCCUGGGUGGUUACUGCUGCGCAUUGUUUUGCCGGCAGCCGUAGCGAGAGCUACUGGACGGCUGUAGUGGGGGAGUUUGACAUCACCAAGACUGAUCCAGAUGAACAAGUUCUCAAAGUGAACCGCAUCAUCCCUCAUCCCAAGUUCAACCCAAAGACCUUUAACAAUGAUAUAGCCCUGGUAGAGCUGACAUCACCAGUGGUCUUGUCUGAGCACGUCACCCCAGUGUGUCUCCCCUCUGGCAUGGAGCCCCCUACUGGCAGCCCAUGUCUAGUGGCAGGCUGGGGCUCCCUCUAUGAGGAUGGCCCAUCUGCUGAUGUGGUGAUGGAGGCCAAGGUUCCCCUGCUGCCUCAGAGCACCUGUAAAAGUGCCCUUGGGAAAGAGCUGGUCACCAACACCAUGCUGUGUGCCGGAUAUCUCUCCGGAGGCAUCGACUCCUGUCAGGGAGACUCUGGAGGUCCCCUGAUCUACCAGGACCGAAUAUCAGGUCGGUUCCAGCUGUAUGGCAUCACUUCCUGGGGAGAUGGCUGUGGAGAGAAGGGCAAGCCUGGAGUCUACACACGGGUUUCUGCUUUUUCGGACUGGAUUCAGGCUGAGAUACAAAAGUCGUUUGGGAGCCGGGAGCCAACAUGUCCAGAGCUUCUUAAGACAACAGAAAUGACAGAGGAGGAACAAAGGUCAGAAUUCAGCUCUCUCUGUCGCUUCUACACCCUGACCUGCCCCCCUGGUCAGUCUGCCAGCGCUUGCAGCCGAAUGGCCGAGGACAAAUGCCUCACCCGCUUCAAGAAAUGCCAGAUGCGUUCGUUCCUGCAGACCCUGUUGGACCUACUGCAGAGAGCCGAGGACUACAUCAGGGACAAGGUGGACUUGACCUUCUUCACCCAGACUCUUCCUCAGCUUGUUGAGCACAUCUACAGCACAGCUUUCACUCACACCAGAGAGAGGAGGGACCUGGGGCUAAGCCAGUGUCUCACACAGAUUGAAGAACAGCUAGGUGGAGCUGUGGUGCCUGAAGAGCAGGGUCCUGCUCCAGUUCCUCCUGCCUUAUUUAAAGAGGUGGGCCCUUUGGUGGAGGACUGGGAGAAAUACCUGAGAAACAUGGCUGAGGACCUGGACAAACAACACACUGACACAUCCACAGACAUCUCCUCCACACCAACAAGACAGGAGCACGACAUUUUCUUACAGACUGAGGACUCCUCAGUGCAUCAGCUAGAGGGAGAAUAUCGAUCUGUUAUCUCAGCUCUGCGCUUCAAACUGGACUCCAUCGCUGCUCCUCCCGUCCUGCAUUUGGAGUCACCUAUCGCUCCACCCGUUCCCACUUCCUCCUCCUCUGAGGACUCCCAGCAGCCUUGGUCACUUCUAACAGCCUUGAUGAAUGAAAUUCAAACAUUAAGGACACAAGAUGAGACUGUGUCAGAAGACGCAUCACAAAGUGAAACCUCACCCGACAGAGACUCUUCUCCUGAUGUAACAUGGAGCGCCACAUCCCAGGAUUUUACUUUUGUCGAGACCGGAGAGAGAACAGAUUUAAAAUCCUUAGCGUUACCACUUCCUGUUCAGUCAACAACUGUCGUACAGACUGUCUCUGAGAGUGAGCAUGCAGAGAUGACCGCUGACCCCAGACAGACUUCUCAUGCUGUAAAGGGUUUAAGUUUACAGAGAAAAUACAGGAGCCUUCUUCGCAAGAGGCAGACCCCUGGAGCCAAUGGGAAAAUUUGUCCUGGAGUGAGAGAGUCCUCACAGCAAGUCAGCCAAGUCAGAGACUCAUACAGAUGGGUCCUAAGCAUCCCAAACAAAAACCUGCGCAUGAAUUUCCAAGAGGUGUUAGUUGAUCUGAGUUCCAAGAAUGAUCGAGGACUCUAUCAGGCGCGGGUCAGAGCAGUAGUUGGAGGACGACCUUUGACCUUCUACAGUCUCGUGGGCCUGGAGAACGAGUCAUUCUACCGCAGUGUACCAAGGAUCAUCGCUGUGGCACUGGAGGCUCUCAAGACUUAA